AUGGAUGCUAGUAGCUUUUAUGUACAGCUAGAGAAGAGAAAUACACAUGCCAUCUACUUCAGAUGGAGAAUUCUUCCACUUGAUGUGUAUAAAUUAUUUGUUACUGAUGAGAUCUUUGAUUUGAUAGUAAUUGAAACUAAUAGAUUUUAUGAUACUACUGCAGCAAUGAAGCCUAUUACUAGGCACUCUAAGAUGAAAGCUUGGAAACCAGUAACCAAACAAGACAUUGAAAAGUUCUUUGGUAUCUUUAUUCUCAUGGGUCUGAAUAAGCAGCCAACUUUUGAGAGCUACUGGAGUAGGAGCAAAAUGUAUGGAGUUGAUCUUAUAAAGACAACCAUGGCUAGGAAUAAAUUUGAGCUGAUCCUACGAUUUAUACACUUUGCAGAUAAUAGUCGCUCAGAUGGAAGUGAUAGACUUUUCAAACUGCGGCCACUGAUUCAGCUUUUGUCAAGAAACUUUAAAAAAUUCACACCUGGUGAGAAGGUUGUAAUAGAUGAAAGUAAACCAACUGAAGAUAUAAAGAUUGGAAAGGAUUUUUCACCCAUUGGGAGGAAAAGGUCACUUCAUGUUUUAGUUGAGUUAGAUGGAAAAUGUAGAGAUACUUUUCCAUCGGGCGUUACGUACUGCGUUGAGAGGGCCGAGGAGGGACGGGAUUCGAUACUGUGCACGGCAGCUCUUCUUGGACACACGAACUGCGUCAGGAUCCUCGUUGAAUACAGAGAAGCAGACGUCGAAGAACUGGGCUCAGCAUCAGAAAUACCAUUAGAUUGUUGUUCUUUGCAGUUUCAGCUGAAGGAUCUCGUGUCUGGAGUUAGUCCUUUAUGGUGCGCUGCUUCCAAUGGCCAUUACUGGGUUGUUGACUAUCUCCUUUCUAAAGGCGCCAAUCCAAAUGGCGAAACCAGUUUCAACGGCACUCCACUGCAAGCAGCGUGUGCGCUUGGGUACUUCGAAAUUGUCAGGCUUCUUGAGGAACACGGGGCCUACAUCGAGGCUGCUGAUAACCGCGCUGUCACUUGUCUGAUGCUUGCUUCCUUCGGCGGCCAUUUGGAAAUCGUGAAGUACCUUUUGGAAGUGGGCGCUGAUGUGAACAGCAAAAACAUAGAAGGCGAAAGCGCACUCCACGCCUGCGCAAAGGCAGGACAUCUGGAAGUAAUGAAACUGUUGCUGGAACACAACGCUCGGACGGGUCCCGACUAUUCUGGUGAGUCUUGCUUGAAGGGUCUCGAUCCAGGAAUGUAUACCUUUAGGUUUUUUGUAAGAUUUGAAUUAGUCCAAGUUCAAUAA